CACACACUAUACACACACUAUAAACACACACGCGCUAUAAACACACGCGCACUCUCACUCUGCCCAGCACUGCACGCACGGGCGAGCGAGGCGAGAGCUCCAGAGAAUCUCCACUGCACUCAGAGGCGGACAGACGAAGGCCGCCACGUGACCAUGAGGGCCUCCUCCACCUCCUCCACCUCCACCACCUCCACCACCUCGUCCACCACCUCGUCCACCUCGUCGUCGAGGCGGCGAGGCCGCAAGGGCCUCAAGGCGUGGCUGCUGGAGCAGGUGGACUGCGGCCGCUACCCCGGCCUGCGCUGGGAGGAGGGCGCCGGGCGGCAGCUGUUCCGCCUGCCGUGGAAGCACGCCUCCAAGCACGACUACACGCACGCAGACUCGGCGCUCUUCAGGGCGUGGGCCGAGCACAAGGGCCGUUUCCGUGCCGGGGUGGACAAGCCGGACCCGCCGGGGUGGAAGACGCGUCUCCGCUGCGCCAUGAACAAGAGCCGCGACUUCGUGGAGGAGCCCAACCGGGGCCAGGCCGACAUCAGCCACCCCUACAAGGUGUACCGCGUGCUCAGCCAGCGGUCCGCACCACCCCCCACGCCUGCUGUGGUGAGCUCACCCUGCGGCUCCCUCGACUCACACGAGGAGGACAAGGACACCGACAAUGGCCGCCCCCGCCCUGCACGUAUGCCUCUGUACGCGUUGAUGGGACUGGAAGAGGCUUCCAAUCGGAAGAUAGAAGCGGAUGCCAUGGACACCAAUGACGAUGUUGCCUCUCCACCAAUGAUCGGCGGAUCAGCGGAGGACCCGGCCAACAUCGACCAAUUAGAGGAGGAGCUGGGCCCCAAAGCCUCUGCGUUCCGCGUCACUGUGAGCUACCGGGGCCGCCAGCUGCUGUGCUGCACGGUGACCAAUAGCAGCGGCUGCCUCAUCACCAGCCACUCAGCCUGCGGCCGCGAGCCGACCAAUGGCAGCGCAGCGCUCGAGGUCACCCGCACGCACAGCUACGCGCGGCGGGUCGCGGGCCCGGCGACGCCCGGCAACAGGACGCCGCCCUCCCAUUGGACGCCCGCGACGGCCGAUGGCCCCGCUCCUGACUCUGCGGGCCCCGUCCAGGACGAGUCGUCGUCGUCGUCGUCUCCUUCGCCGCUGCCGCCGCUGUUGUUGCCGUCGUCGUCCGACGACUGCGCCGGUGGCGGCGCCGGUGGUGGUUGUGGCGGCGAUUGCGGCGGCGGUGAUUGUGGUGGUGGCAUUGGCGGUGGUGGCGGCGGCGGUCCCACCACCGUGGCACUGCCGUCCGCGGCGGCGUUCCUGGACGCUCGGCACCGGCAAGCGGCGGCCGAGUUCCUGCCCACGGUGGCACGCGGAGUGGAGCUCUGCUUCCUCACUCGCCGGCAGUACAACAACAACAACCGCAACAACAGCAGCAACAACCGCAGCCGCAGCGGCACAAAACGACGCCACCACCUCCGCCACCUGCGCCACCUUCGUAGCGACGAGAGGAGACAUGCGGUGGACGCUGCGGGCGGCGAUGGCGGUGUCGGUGAUGGGGGCGAUGGGGGUGGUGAUGGAGGCGGUGAUGGGGUCGGUGUCGGGGGCGGUGGUGCGGGGCUGUACGUGCGCAGGCUGUGCCGGGCCCGGGUGUUCACCGACGCCGGGCCGGCACUAGCGGCGGGGCGCAAGCUCCAGCGGGGGCAGGUGACGCUGCUCUUCAGCCUGGAGGAGUUCGCUCGCGAUGUGCGCCGCUACGUGGAGGGCAGCAGCUGCGUGGCGCCCCCCACGGCGGUGCUGCUCUGCUUCGGGGAGAUGCCCGGUGACAGCGGAGCUCACAAACAGCUCAUCACCGCACGGAUUGAGCCACUGCUGGCUGUGGAAAGUCUUCGCCGGGUCCGGGAUGUCCUGGCCAAGCCUCCACCGCCGUCGUCAUCGCCGCCACCGGCACCAGGUCGUCGCCAGGACGACGACCCCGGCAGCCUGGACACCAUCAUGAAGUUCCUCACCGACACCGACGAUGGCGGUGGCGGCCCUCCCACGCACGCCCAGCCGCCCUUCUGCGCCGACGGCUUCUUCUACGACCCCAUUGGCCCGGGGAUAGCCGUGUGACCCACCACAAUUCCCGCCACCUAUUCCCCGCGAUCCGAUUGGUCCAGAGACAGCCGCGUGACCGGCCAUCCCUCUCUUUUUUCUGACAAUCCCAUGGGCUCGCGGGUGGUCGUGCGGUCUCCGAUGCAUACCGACGAUGCCUUGUCGAGCGAUCCGAUUGGUCGCUCUGGGACGGGGAGGGGGGGGCGCUGGUGUGGGGGUGGCCGGAUGUGGCAGUGGAAAAAGACCACCCAUACCACGCUGGCUUGAUUCAGAUGCUGCAUUGGAAAUGAAACGAAUGCUGUGUGCCGCGUUCAUUUGAGUGCAUUGCAACAAUGUGACUGGCCUUCCGUAAGAAUGUCGCCAUAUAGAGUUCAUAUAUAAACAUUUACGGGCAUUUCACGUAGCACUUUGGAGUUAGAUGCAUCUUAAUUAAAAUAAGGGUUUAAGUCGAGGCUGGAGGAGUUUCAUUUGUGCUGUUGUUAGUCGUUUAAUCUGCGCGCUCUCUGCGUUCCAAUCACUGUUGAGAAUGUCCCUUGUUUCUAUUUGAUCCGUUCCGCACAAAUGGAGAUGUUCAUCCAUCCACUCAGCGGCUCACCCAUCGGGGAGUCCCGGUGCAGUCACGGCAAUGCCACUGAACCUCGCGACAAAGGUCUUCAACAACCCGACAGGCAGACUCGGGGCGGAGGUUAGAGCAUUGUGUGUGUCUGGGUGUGUCUGUGUAUGUCUGUGUGUGUCUUUGUGUGUCUGUGUGUGUCUGUGUGUCUGGGUGUGUAUGUCUGGGUGUGUCUGUGUGUGCCUGGGUGUGUCUGUGUGUGUAUGAGUGUGUCUGUGUGUGUCUGUGUGUGUCUGGGUGUGUCUGUGUGUCUCUGGGUGUGGCUGGGUGUGUCUGUGUGUAUCGACUCAGCCUCAAAUGAGUACCUGGUGCGGUGUGUAAACAUCGCCGCUAGGGAGACAAAGGCGGCCGGGCGUGGUGCUGGCCACCCACCCCCUCGUGUGCCGUGCCGGCCUUUAUAGGUGCUCGCUAACAGCACUUGCCCCUACAGUCUGUUAAGGCUAUACGGGGGAUCUUUGAUCUUUGUCUGUGUGUGUGUGUGUGUGUCUGUGUGUCUGGGUGUGUCUGUGUGUGUGUGUCUGGGUGUGUGUGUCUGUCUGGGUGUGUGUCUGUGUGUUUCGCCACAACUCUGGCUAUCGCCUGAUGAUGCUGGUUGUUGUAAUCGCCAGCAACACCUCCAACUCAAACGGUCGACGUGGUGGGUUUGUGCUCCGACACGCAAGCGGUGAACGCUGAAGUACUCACGAAUUGCCACGUUCUGUUGACGUGACAAACCUCCGGCUGUGUCCGGUGGUGCCGGGUUUCACGACACGUUUAUAUUCACGCGAUCUAACCCAGUGACAGCACCGACAACCUGGAGUGCGAAUAAAUAACAUCCAUAAUAUCGUUUGCUUUGGGUUAGAUCGCGUAAAUAUACAAACGUUGUGUCGUUAGACCCGCCACCACCCACAACACAGCCAACUAGUGAGGGUUGCCAACGCGUUGCUAGUGUAGUGUUGUAAAGAACGGACUUCUAAACUUCUUUAUGGCACACACUGUGUAUUGUCUUACCGUCCCUAUCACACUAAGGGGUAUACGGUCCCCUCACCCGUUACCCUGAGAAGACACAGCCUCCGGACCCUGCAGGCUGUCUAAUCUCCCUGCUCUCCCAGCGUCCUCUGGCUGGACCUAGGGGAUCUCUCCCCGACCACUGGUGACUCUGAGCCCUAGCCCUGACGAGGGCUGGAGGGCUUGGUCCAGGCUCCUAGAUGUCUUCGGCCGACUUGGGUCUUCGUGUAGCAGAACUGGCCAAGAGCUCUCAGCGCUCCGGCUUGUAUACCUGUUCGUGGCCCGGUUGACCAAUCCCCGGCCACCUUGUGGGACCCUCCGAUUGGUCCUUCCCAAUCUGGCGUUUGGAUCCUACCUCACCCCAUGUGACCCUGACCGUUUGAUUGAGCGGGAACCCUUGUUUACGAUCCGCUCUCUCACAGUUUGCGAACAGCGAGUAGUAAUCACCACUACACUAGUGCAGCACAGCGCUGUGUUGGAGAGCACAUCCACAACGCGUUACAAUGUUGUCGAUUUGCUCCACAAUAUGCCGGUGUUUACGUGACACACCCUGUCACCAAUCGCCUGUGUCGGGUGGUGGCGGGUUUCACGACACAACGUGUGUGUAUUGACGCGAUCUGACCCAGCAAAGCCUCUAUCGGGGAUCACGUUGGUCGCGAAAGCCUCGUGCUCGCGGUGGGGCGCGUGCCACGCCCCUCCUGUGACGUCACAUCGCGUGACGUCACAGCACGUGACACCACGGCAUUGCGGUUCCCGCCCCUCCUUCACUAAGUGUCGAAUACCUCCGGGAGGGUGGGCGCACCACGUGACCCCUCAUGGCCUCUGCGUGGGAUUUUUUUUACAAAUAUGUUUUCUUCCGUCCCUCGGGACGUUCUCAAUGGGGGUGGGGUGGACCUGUUCUCAUGCACGCAGAUGCGUAUUGUAUGUGCACCUAGCCUGGCACAAGCGGCGUGGUGAUGUCACGGCGCUUAGUGACAAACUGCGGUGGUUAUGCAUUAGAUCGUACGAUUGUUACGUUUUAUCUUAGGCCAACUCUUAAGCGAUACACGGCCAUAUUUGUGUGUCAAGACCCUCCACCACCUGACGAUGAGUGAGUGGCUGAGUGGGUGGCUGAGUGAGUGAGUGAGUGGACGGGUAAGUGGGUGAGUGAGUGGCUGAGUGGGUGGCUGAGUGAGUGACUCAGUGGGUGGGUGGCUGAGUGAGUGGCUGAGUGAGUGGGUGGAUGAGUGAGUGGGUGGAUGAGUGAGUGGGUGGCUGAGUGAGUGACUCAGUGAGUGGGUGGCUGAGUGAGUGGCUGAGUGAGUGGAUGAGUGAGUUGGUGGGUGAGUGGGCGAGUGGGUGGCUGAGUGAGUCGCUCAGUGGGUGAGUGGCUGAGUGAGUGACUGAGUGGGUGGCUGAGUGAGUGGCUGAGUGAGUGGCUGAGUGAGUGGCUGAGUGAGUGGCUCAGUGGGUAGAUGAGUGGGUGGGUAGCUGAGUGAGUGGGUAGCUGAGUGGGUGGCUGAGUGAGUGGCUGAGUGAGUGGCUGAGUGAGUGGCUGAGUGAGUGGCUGAGUGAGUGGCUCAGUGGGUGGAUGAGUGAGUGGGUGGGUGGGUGAGUGGGCGAGUGGGUGGCUGAGUGACUGGCUCAGUGGGUGCUGCUAAACCUCCCUCUCUCUCUUCCUCACCGGGUGAGCGAGCCACCAGCACCAAUGCCACUUUUUGCCGCGAUGUUCCAGCGUGGUGGAUGGUUUCAUUACUCUAACAUUGGUUGGUAACAGCCACCUUGCUAGACGCGUUACGCCUGUGAUGUGUAACAAGUGUAUUACUACUACUACAUGUUAAACUCCAGUGUAAUAAAAAUGUAGAUUGUAUUCAUAA